AUGUGCUCCAAAAUCCCGCCUCAUGUCUUGUGCCGGGAAAUCUAUGAUGGCCCAUCAAGACUAGACAUGUCUGUUAUCUUGGCCCCUUGCCACCUUUCAUUUUUCCAAGUUGUCCCGGCCUCCCAGCACGAAUCUUGCCAGCAAUUAGUCAUGCCAACAUUACAGCGCAGUAAAGCGGUUGCUGGACCUGUCGACUUCGAAGGAAAAAGUGCCAGCGAAGAUGGACCACCGUGUUCCGGGUGUCGAGGAUGCGGAAUCAUAUGCCACGGCUACGGCCCGAAACCAGCUUGGAAAGACCGAGGAGACAAAGAGAGAGCAGAGGCCAGGAAACUCCGAAUGCAGUCCAGGACGUCCCGAGCCAUGUCAGCAUCUUCUGUCGGGGAGAUGGUGUUUCAAGACGUCUUGAUGGGUUCAUCUGUCAAGGUCACACUAACCGUCAGCUCUUCCGAGUUAUGUGCAAGCCCUCACGAGCCAACACAGACAGAUAUGUUCUUGCCACUCAGUCAGUCACAGGAUAUAAGCACUUUUGAUUCACCCGGUGAAUCUCAAUCGACUCCGGUGCCGCCGGAUCCGCCGCUUCUCCUGCCCGGCCUCUGGCCCGGAGGACCAUCUGGGAUCGAUACCUCUGAAAACGACAUCUACUUGCUCGUGAAUUCUAUGGAAAACAGCUUUACCCGGCAGUACUCGUUGCAUCAGGCACCUUCAAUGACGCAAUUCCUGGCUGCUGGGCCUAAUGCUUGGCUCCCCCACGUUUUACAACACCUCCCUGAGCAUGAGCGAUACCAUUUGCAUUUGACUCCUGAGCUGCUGUUGCCUUGGUGCUCUGAGCUGACACUCUCGGCGCCAAUCUCACAGCCCUCUCCCAUGGAACUGGAAGCCGAGGUUCUUUUCGUUUCCGUCUUCAUCUGGAACGACAUACUAUGUAGCGCGGUGGAAAAGAAGAUGGCUUGCGCGGCCGGCAUUCACCGAAAGCUCCUGGCAGACGAUGGGUUCUCCUCGGCUUUUAAAACCAUCACCGGCUGCGAGGCGUGGGUCCAGAAGAGCGAGCAAGUGGCCCAAGGCAACCUUGGCAUUCGCGGACUCGUAAGCCAGGCAAAUACCGUUGAAGGGGCCGUAGACCGAGAAAUGGCGAGGAUAUCCAACAUGACGCCGUCAAAGUCCCCAGACGAAGCCCAAGACAAGGCUGUUCCUCGUGACCUCAUUCAGACCCUUAUACAUGGCCAUGCUAUCCUCAUUUUUCUAAACACUGUCGUGUCCGGGGCCCUGACCGGGGUCCCCGAGAUUCAUCAGAGUAUCAACCGCGCAAUGCAGGCGUGGGAUAUGCUUCCCGCGACAGCAAACCCGAGGUAUUUGGCAUGGGCUUAUAGCACCAGCGCCGGUCUCGCAACGGGCUCCCGGCGAGACGUCUUUCGCAAUGUGGUCGCUCGCAUGUCACAUCUUGACGUUGACACGGAGUCUUUGCAAGUUCAACCACGGGGCGGAGGAGUGUUGGAAGGAGACGGAUAA